AUGGCAACAAGGGGCGGAGAAUAAAUUGCCAGUCAGGUUGGUAGGAUAAGGAAUACAAUAUAAAGAGGGGUGAUCCAAUCCGGUUUCAGCUAGUUUCUGUACGUAGGCCUACUGAUGAAAUAUUUAUAUUAGUUACGGUGUGUUCUGAAGGAAUUGAGUGAGUUACAUCGGACACAUUCAGAAGCCUGCACUGAAUUUUCAGUAACCGAGAAGGCUAAUUUGUGCUCUAAUUCUCUAGACAAUACAAGCAAAGCAGCCAUGCCAAAAAGAAGCAAAGCAAAUAAUGACACUGAAGUCGAGCCAAAGAGGAGAUCCACAAGGUUGUCAUCUAAACCCACUACUCCAGCUAAAGCAGAGCCUAAGGCAAAGACACCAGUCAAGGCAGCAGCCAAACCCAAAAAGGUAAAGGAGGUAGUAGAGAAGGCCAAGUCUGAGGAGAAGAAAGAAGAUCCUGAGGAAGAAGCAGCACUGGCAGAAAACGGAGAGGCCAAAGCUGAGGAGGAGGCAGCAGAAGAGGAAGAUGCUGAUGCAGAUGAGCCGGAGAAAGAGGAGGAUGAGGCAGAAUAACAUCCUUACCCUUUUGCCAGUGCGCCCUGUACCUCCUUUCUUGUACAAUUCAGAAGAAUAUUUUUAUCAAAUAUUUUCUUAAGAAAAAGCAGGUUGUGUGGUAGUAAGAUUGUAGAAACAUGUUUUUAUAUAUAUAUAUACACCUCUGGAAGAAAAGUUAUGGUCAUUGUGUGUUUCCCUUUUCUUUUGUGGUCUGGUUCAGUUGUCAGAGAGGGGGGCAGGUUUGUAGCAAUGACAUGCAAUCACGCCAAUAUCAGGAACUUGUUAUUCAACUGGGCGAGCUUGUCUGACACUAACAUUCCAUAGGCUUUAUGAGGGACAGUUUAUUUAACCUCUAUUGUAUGGGGAAGGGUUGGGGGUUUAUACACAAUAAUACUUGUUUUAUUGUUUAUAUUGGGUAGGAAGGUGGUAAUUCUGUUUAAGCUGUGCUCUAUGAAUUUUAACUAUUAUCCACACCGUAUUAUGAAUCCACAGUUAUGGUUCAUCCUCCCUAGUACAUGUACUGGAUUUUUCAUCAGGCCUGUGCAUUAUGUGAAAUGGUUUUUGUCUCUGUUCGGUGAUGGCAUUGCAAUAACAUUUGAUAUAGCUGCUGUAAAACUAGUUUUUUUUUCUUCAUAAUUUCUAUGCUGUAUGUAAUGGUACGAUUUGAGGAUGGUUCAUGUGUUUUUAGCCAAGCUAAUAACAUGAAAUACAUUACAGUGUUAAACAUACUGGUUGUAGCUUAUCCUUUUGAGGAUACUGAUAAACAUUGACUGUACCUUCACUUAAUCCUUCAAGUGAACACAGCAGCCGUAGAUUUCCAUGUGGUUUUAGAAUUUUAUGUACAGUUUCUCUUUUUUUGUGUAGCUGUAUCUGUGUUAUGAUUGCUAUAAACAUGCCAAUUGAAUUAAAAUGGUUGUAAUUUC